AUGAAAAGAUCGGGUGACAGUGAGGGGGAGAAGAGAAGAAAGAGGCGGAAGCUACUGCAGGAGUUAGGAGACCAGAAGAUCUCUUUUCUGGGACCGAGAGACCGCGGCUUUCAGCAGCUGUGGGACUCCAGCUACACUGGACUUGUGUUAAGAAGAUCUUGUUCACUUCCUGUUGAACUCCAUUCUCAAGCAGAGUCUGCGUUCCUGACACUGAGGAAGAAAGGCUGUUUCCUGAGAGACCUGGUGCGUGUCCGGGACAGGGAUGUUUUCACUGCGGUAUCUCGAGCUUUGCUGGGGGAGCCAGGACACACCUACCGCUACCUGGACACACAUGUGUCUCAUUUCAAAGAAGGAGAGAGACUCUUUCAUGGUGAAAAAACUAUGGACACUGAAGUUAAACAAGGGGACGAUGAGGACAGUGAAGACUCCAAGAACAGUGAAGGAGUGGACUCUGAUUCCCGGCACAGUGAAGACGCAGAUACUGAGUCCAAACACAGUGAGGAGGGGUGUUCUGGGCCUAAAGCUGAGGGCGAGUGGGAGACGGUGUCGAAAAACAGCAAGCCUAAUCCGAAAGGACAAGAGGACAAUGAAAAACCAGUGACCCAACUCAAGCACAGCCUGUCAGAUUAUCACAUUGAAGAUAAAGAGAAUGAAGAAGCUGGGUGUUCCCAGCCAAACUCGCCAUUGCUUUGCACUGGUCCAGUCAAGUUCAAUGUCACCUUACUAAAUUAUAUGGACCCUGCUGCUAUGAGCCAGCUCAAGGAUGAGCCUUAUUAUGGCAUGGGGAAGAUGGCAGUUGGGUGGCACCAUGACGAGAACCUGGUCACGCAUUCUCCUGUGGCUGUUUAUAGCUAUAGCUGCUGUCACGAUCAGAAAGGUGAGAGCAGUGAAGGAGGCAGCAGCGACACAUCCUUCUGGAAGAUCGGGCUGAAAGUGGCCUGGGACAUCCACACCCCUGGCCUCAUGCUGCCGCUCCAGUCUGGGGACAGUUAUUACAUGAGAGAUGACCUGAACUCCACUCAUCAACACUGUGUCCUUGCCGGACAUGUGGCCCGCUUCAGCUCCACACAUAGAGUGGCCGAGUGUUCAAGAGGCACGCUGGCCUACAUCCAGUCGCGGUGUCAGGAGGCCCUGUCCUACCUGCGCACAGACCCAGAGACAGGCUCUCACAGCCUGCUGGCACUUCUGCCCACGACACUGCAGCACUGUGAGGAGAUUCACAAUGAGGUGGAGUUUGAAUGGCUGCGGCAGUACUGGUUCCAGGGCAGGCGCUACACUCGCUUCUGCAGCUGGUGGAGCAGACCCAUGGAGCAGCUGGAGAAUGACUGGAGGCUCAUGGAAACCAUGACAAACCUGUUUCUGGUGUUGGUAGAAGAUGAUGGAAGAGCAGGGGAAAACCGGCGGGACAUGGCAGAAACCUUACUGUCAGCCUUGACAGACAGACAUCAGCAAAGACAGACAUGGAGAGACAGGUAA